CCGCGGCCGCCACCGCCACCGCCACCGCCUGCGCUCCUGCCGCCCCUUCCUCGGAUGCUCCGGCGGGGCAGCGCUGCCCUGCGAGGACAGAUGGGUGCAGCCCGGGCCUGAUGGGUGAGCUGUCGAGCACGUGAGCUCCCACCUCCAAUUCGGCUCGGCGCCCGGCGGCGGCGGCGGCGGCGGCGGCGGCUGCAGCCCCGCGGUGGGGGCGGCCCCCGCGGUCUCCGCCCGGCUCCUGCGCGCCGCCUCUGCUCUUUGCAUAGUAAUUUCAGUUCCUGCUGGCACCCAGCUCGCUCCCGGAACAGGUCUGCAGAGGACCUCCGCUCCCGAGCCCGCCUGAGCCGGCGGCGUGGCGACGAGAGCCGCUGCCUGGGAUAUGCGACGGGGAGCCCCCGCCACAGCGCAGACAGGGGUCCCGCCGCGCCGGGGAGAGCCGGGCGACCGCAGGUGGCAGCGGGACAAGAUAACUCUGCGCCCCGAGACAGGUAAUCCUGUUCUACUAAUUUAAGAAGACUUUCCUGGAACUCACAUCUCUCUUGAGACAGACAGAUCCUUCAAAAGACUCGCCCAUUAACGGCACCUUCACUCUGAGCUGCGACUACUUCCCAGCGGGAGCGCUGCUCAGGGCAGAGCCUGAGGUUUCCCGCCCUGCAGUUCCAUGGGGACUGUACCUGAUCCCCUGAGAUCAGCUAAAACAUCUCUGAUCGCGGCUUCUGGAAAAGAAGAGGAUCCAGGAGAGGCACAAGCUGCCUCAUCCCAGCCUCGACCGGCCCUCCUGUGUAAGAACACCAAUGGCCUUUCCAGCCCUCCUGAAGAAGCAGACCUGAGCCCCAGGCCGGCUGCUGUGGCUCUGAUGCAGGCCAGUGAGCAUGAGACCCCCCGGCCAGCCAGGUCUUCUCUGGGCACUGUCAGUGAGGUGGGGAAAGCCUCUCCCACACUCAACUCCCCUGGCAAUACCCAGCUGCCAGGGAGCCAGGAGCCCACAGCACCAGCCCCGUGUUCUGAGGCAGGAAGGGAUCUUCUUAUGCACACAGCCUUUACAAUGCCAGGCGAUGGGCACACCCACCCGGCCAUCCCAGGGCACCAGCCCAACACCAGCCCCCCAUCAGGACCUGAAGAUACCCUGGUGAAAUCACAGAGAACUUCAGAUGGGGAGAAACCUGAGAAGUCGAACUGUCCCGUGGGGGGCAUCUGUGGCAACAGCAAAGAUCCAAUGCCCUGUGAUUUCCCUUCUCGAGAAACAAUCCAGGGAAUGGUGGUGCCCGCUGCAAAUACAGCAGCCAGGGCACCCAGUCUUGCCUCCACUCCUAUAGGUGGACCUGAAAGGGAAAGGCAGCGAGCCCUUUGUGAUUCCCAGACAAGGCAAGACCCUCCAGCGAGAGAAGAUGGAUGUUCAGGGGACAAACAGCCCUCUGCCGCCACCUCAGACACCCAGGCCGUGACUUCGGGGACACCUCAACCAUCUCACCUCCCUGGCCAAGAGUCGACGUUGCCUCCAGACCCAGAGAAGGCGCCGCUGCCAGCACCGCUCCAGGGGUCAAUGUUCAAAGAAGCAAGUACCAUGACCAACCAAGCCGAAAAUGAGACCGAGGACGUUCCCACCAGGGCUCGGCAGGAUGCGGAAGUGCAGGCGGUGGCCAGUGUGGAGAGCAGAUCCGUGUCCACCAGCCCCAGCAUCCUCACUGCAUUCUUAAAGGAAACUCCGGCUCCGGAGCGGUUCGAACCACAAGAGCAGCUGCGUGUGGUUUGCCACGAGAGCAGCAGCAGCAGCAUAAGCCACACCAUGGAGCUGUCGGACCACACCCUAGCCUCCCGGGGGCCGGGCAUCAUGCCAGAGGUGCACAUCCAGGCUGCUGCAGCUGUGUCGGCAGCUUUGGAAAGUAAAUCAGUGAGCCCACUGGGUGGGGUCCCUAAAACCUCAUCAGUCAGCGUGGCUCAGGAUGCAUGUAAAGAAGACGGGAGGUCAGCACGCAUGACCCCAGCGAGGGAAGAGCCCGCCUCCAGACAGCUUUUGGGUACCCAGUCUACCUCCCUGAAAGCCAGCCCCAGUGACCAGAUUUCUCUCGGUGCAGGACAUCAGGCUGAAACAAGUCUUGGGAAAUUUGAAAUGAAGCCAUCUGAGUUUGCAGCGGAAACCAACAAGGGCCACAAAACCGACCCAGACUGCAAAUUCUCCAGCUCCUGUGGCCCUGCCAGCAAAGCUGACCAGUCUGAAAGCUUGGAUCUUGCUGGUAAAGGGGAUACAAGAGAGAAGAGGCUUGCAUCUCCUCAGAUAGUAAAAGAAGAACCUCCUGGCCUCGAUAUCCUGGACGCAAGGGCAAAGGCAGAAGCCAAAACCCUACUGCUCCAUCCCAAGUCUCAAGAAAGCAGAGGGGCAGUGCCAGCCUCCAGUCCUACACCCUCCCCGGUUAGAAAAAGCCAGGAGGUCACCGUGGAAGACAACAGACAGACCAAGAUAGCCGCCAGCCUCAGCCUGCCAUCUGAUGCCAUGGGGGACUCCAGCCCAGGUUCUGGCAAGAGGACCCCUUCUCGCUCUGUCAAAGCCAGCCCCCGCCGGGGCAGCCGGGUCAGCGAAUUCCUCAAGGAGCAAAAGUUAAACGUGACAGCGGCGGCCGCCCAGGUGGGACUCACUCCAGGAGAGAAGAAGAAGCAGCUUGGUGCCGAGUCCAAGCUGCAGUUGAAACAGUCCAAGCGUGUCCGGGAUGUGGUGUGGGACGAGCAGGGCAUGACCUGGGAGGUGUACGGCGCUUCCCUGGACCCGGAGUCCCUGGGCAUCGCCAUCCAGAACCAUUUGCAAAGACAGAUCAGGGAACACGAGAAAUUAAUCAAGGCUCAAAACAGCCAGAGCCGGAGAUCCAUCUCCUCGGAUGCGUCUUCAAACAAAAAGCUCAAAGGCAGGCAGCACAGUGUUUUCCAGUCCAUGCUGCAGAACUUCCGACGCCCCAACUGCUGUGUUCGCCCUGCUCCUUCUUCUGUGUUAGAUUGAAAGGAACAUGUACGGAAGCGCUUGCGUACAUUUGGGGUCUUCCUAGGUGUCCGUUGGUGGGUCUCAAAGCUUCCUUAGUUUUUUCCGAGAGACCAGGACGCGAAAGCAGCGAUGAACUCUAGGAAAUUGCUCUUAAGAACGGUAGUUUCCUUUGAUUGGGGCUUCAUCAAUAAAACAUCAUUUCAAUUUGAAAGAAAGAAAAGAAGCAAGCCUCCCUGGAGUUUUAUGACCUUAAUUAGGAGGAAAUAAUAGUCACUGGGUUUUUUAAUAUGAUGUUGCUGAUAGAAGUAACAUCACUAUACGUGUGUCAUUUUGUAUCACUGCCUCCGUUUAUCACACUGUGGUAUUUCCAUUAAAAUCCCUGCUUUACAUGAAAAAUAGCAAAAGCACCGCUCUACUUUCUAGACUGCUGCGGUAAGAAUGCUAUUAUCAGACAACUUGAAGUAGGUGAUGAGCGGAUAACAUGUAAAAAAUUGAAAUAUGACUCAUUCCUCAGCAAGAGGAUAUUAAAUUAAAGCAUUUAAAUGCUUAAAAUGCCCAAUAGGAAAGAAUAUUUGUAAACAUCGGCAGAGAACCCUUUUUAUAAACCUUGUUAUAGCUAUCGAUAAAUGUAAGAGAGUUCUAUUAGGAAAAAAUUAAUACCCACAAUAAAACAUGGGUUAUAUAGAUAUCCAUUUUCCUGCACUGAAGGCAAAAGUCAUCUCUGUGACUGUGAUUAGAUUAAAUUCAUAUUUCCUUACCCUGGAGGAAGUACAUGUGACGGAAUUCUGAGAAAGAGUCAUCGAAUUAUUGAUAAAACUAAACUUUAAGUUGUUUGUUUUCCAAUAACAUUCUACCAAGACCAUUACGAUUCUGGUAAGGACUUAUAAAUAGUCGAUUACCAAACUCUUUUUUUUUUUUUUCCCUGUGUUGAAACAAACAAGACUCCUAAGUCACAAAAACAAGGUGUUUAAACAGGAUGCAGGUUUUUUUUUUUUCCCCUUUGGUUUGAUUUAGUUUGGUGGCUUCUAGGAGAAAAUGGAGUCAAAUAGAACACAAGCUUCCUCACUGCUUCUGUUUGUAGACUCGUAUCGUCUAAUCGUUGAAGUCUAAUCUGUGGUACCGAGGUAACCUCUGCAAGCCUAUUGGCUUUAAGAGAAAUACCAUCGUAUCUCACAUUCAAACCCAAUAAAAGGAGCCACCUGUCUAAAACACCGUGUGA